AAACGUCUGCAUAAUAAAUAAAUGAAUAUAAACUAUAUACAGUUGUAAAUUGAAACAAAUAGACUGACGACAGCGUGUUGAGCGUCAAAUGCAAAAAAUGCAUUUACCCACAGGAGCAUUAAGUUUGCUGUUUAUCACUUGCCUGAUGCUUGCGCUGACGAGCGCGCAUCCAUCAGGCGACAAGCUCAAAAUACGCAUACAUGUGCCCGUGAAGCAUCACACACAUGUGCACACGAAGACGGUCAUAAAAAAAGUGCCGGUGCCCAUACCCGUGCCGGUCAAGGAGCACAAGGAGCACAAGGAGCCAAAGAAACAUCAUCGCAGCAGUUACAAUCAUCAUCACCAUAACGAACAGGAUGAGCUCGAUGACGAUUUCGAGGGUUAUGACUAUCCCGUCAAGGCCAAGCGACGCACGCGGCAUCCUUUUGUCUAAGCACGCCCAAAAUGCCCCAAAUGACACAGCAGAAAAAAAACAAACACACACACACACACACAAGGCGAAAGGAAUCUAAGCAUUAAGUAUAUUUCUUAAGUAAAGUAGCACUUAAACCAAAAUACGCGCAAUAUGAAGGACUCGGCAUUAACUGCAUGUGAUUUGUCGCGUAAGCAAAAACUUUUCUGUGCAAUAAACUGACGUAUUACAUUUUAA